GAGCUGCUAGGCCCGCUCUUCCUCAUUCGAAUUCAAAUUCAAAAUAAGUGUCUGUAUAUAUCACUGCCAACACCCUAUUUCCCUCUCUUUAUAAACCCUCAACCCCCCACUAAUUCACACACACAAAAAUAUUUAGAAUUUUAAUUAAAUAAAAGGGGUCAGAGCUGAUAAUAAUUCAGGCUUUGGAGACAAUUCUUUGUUGUUACCUACAUUCAAAGGUUUGGCCUUUUAAGUCAUUAGUCUAUGAUUGAUUGCUUUCUUGAAUUUCGUACAUUUCUUGGAUUCUUGAAUUUGUUUUGGCAGUUGAUGAAGAGGGGUUCUGUUGAUGAUGAUGAAAGAUUAAAACUUGGGCUUAAAAGACCCAAAAUGAAAGAUCUUCAUUCUGUGUUUACUUCCCAAAGUGAAGGGAUUGUCCCACAUUAUACAAAAUAUUGGAUGAAAGGACAUGCUGCUGAUAGUUACUAUGCUGCUCAGAAAGAAAUGUUUCGAGCCAAAAGAGAAGCUAUUACCAUGAAUUCUGAUGUUACUCAAUCAGUAGAAAGGAAGAAGGGCGCUGCCUGUACAGCACUUGAUCUAAAUGCCACAGUUGAUUUGACCAAAGACAGGACUCCAGCGUGUGCUUAUAACAACAACAAUCUGACCUCUAGUUCUAAUAUCAAGAUCGACAAGUUAAAAGGCUUUGGCUUUGAUCUCAAUGUGGAAGAUGUUUCAAGUUCUGCUGAUUAUGACCUAGUCUGUCCUAAUAAACAUAUUAAGCAAUUAAAACUAAGAGAUGAUUCGGAGUGUGAGAGUACGUGUAAUCCAGUGGAAGAUAAAGAUCCAAUGAAAGUAUGGAAAGAGAUGAAGCAAAAUGGUUUCAUGUCAUCUUCCCAUGGAGGUAUACCAAUUCCAAAACCACGUGGGAGGAAAAGUAAAGCUGACGGUCUCAAAAAAAAGAUGGAAAUUGCCAGGAGGGAACAGGUUGAUAGGUUUGCAAAGAUUGCUGCUCCUAGUGGACUGCUCAAUGGAUUGAAUCCUGGGAUUAUUAACCAUGUAAGAAACAGCAAGCAGGUUCAUUCUAUAAUUGAGGCUCUAGUAAGGUCUGAAAGACGUCACAAUUUCCAUACUGGAAACAACAAAGAGAAAAUUCAGAUGAAGACAGAAAGAAUAGAAUCAAGUGAUAACCGAAGAAACCUGAACUUGUCAGGAAUUGAAGGAUAUAAUCUUUGUCAAGAAGAUUGUCUGCUAAAUAAUGCAUUAACAAUCAGACAGACAAGUCACUUCCCAGUACGAGACAACAAUGCCUCAAGCUUGGAUACCAGCACUUUGUGUGAUCAAGACUCGACAGACUUAUCAAGCGUUUCUUCUUUAUCUUUCAAAGCUGCUAAUGUAGCUUCCCAGUGGCUAGAUCUUCUUCAACAUGACAUAAAUGGUCGCCUUGGAGCACUACGACGCAGUAAGAAAAGAGUUCGAUCUGUUAUUCAAACGGAGCUCCCUCUUCUUAUAUCUGGAGAAUUUUCUCAUAAUCAGGAGAAUGAUACUUAUGUUAGGAAGAUUCCCUUCUCUACUUCAUCAGUGAAUGCAACAGCAAACAUGCACAAAGCUAAAUGGAACGUGCUGUUUAAUCAGAUGGAAAAUGCACUUUUGAGUGAAGAGAGGCAACUGGAAAAUUGGUUAAACCAAGUAAAGGAGAUGCAGACACAGUGUGGCUGUGGUCUUUCCCAGCUUACUGGAAAACCUGGUAUGCAGCAACUAGGGAUACCGGGGACUGAAUACAGGAUAGAGAAUUCCGAGGACUUGGAAGGAGUUGUAGCAGUGAUGGCAGCCGCGGCUGCAUUUUAUUCGACGUGCAACUUCUCAGUGGAAAACUUGCCCUGCUUUUGAGAAUUUCAGCUGCAGCUCAACCCCUGCAUAUCGAGUAUGAGCCAGUUUUAGAUCCUGAUCAAAGUGGUUCUCCUUGCAUAACAUCUUAGUGAAGUCUUAGAGCAUGGGUGUAAACUUUGCUUUUCUAUGUUCUCUAGUCAUUUUUAACACUACUGUUUAAAAUAUCACGCCACUGGUUAACAGCUUUAUUUAAUUUGUC